UUCAAGGAAGAUCACAAGACUUGGGCCAUAUUUUAAAGUUUCUGACAUGUAAAAUUGAGAAUUCUCCAUCUGGGUUGGCUCAUUCGUGGGGACCAAGAAAGUGAAAGAAAAUCAAAGAAACUCUUUGGGAAUGAAAAUCUAACUGCAUUUCAAAAUUCAAAUACAAUAGCGUGAACAAUAAUGGCUAUGAUGAACAACUUCAACAUCACAACACAACCACAGCUCCUCCAAGUUCAAGUUCAACAACACAGUCUUCCAUCCAAUCACCCCAUCAAGUCAAUUUGGUCAUAUCAGGCACAAGAUUCAAUCUUUCCUAACAAAACAACAGUGGCGGGACAAAUAGUGAGAAGGGUCUUCCAGAUUCUGUUCUACUUGCAUCUGGUCCUGAUUUCAGUUUUGGUGAUUCUCCUCACCAUCUAUGGUCUUGUCUCAGAUUCUCACACCCACCAUUUUCAUCCUAGGAAGUGGUACCCUCCACUUCUAGCAUCAACAGUAUGUGCUGGAAUUCUUGGUUUUACAUGGCAAUGGAUCAUUUCCUGCCACCCCACAAAGGCAUUCAAGGUAGCAUUUUGGCUGAGUCCCCUGCUAACAUGUGCAAUGGGAAUUCUGUUUGUGUGUAUUGGCUCACCAGUGAGUCUUUCAGCUGGUGUGAUUGCUUUGGUUUUUGCAGUUAUUCAAUCGUUAUACGGUUGUUGGGUCAGUCCACGAUUCGAAUACGCCACCAGAAUCUUGUCAGUUUCAAUAGCUUCUCCUCCUGAAAAAACCCAAGGGUUAACCCUUUCAUCAAUCCUCAUUAGUGUCCUUCUCUGCUUUUUUCUUGUGGCCGGGAUCGGAGGCGCUAGAGCUCUUGAAAACAGAACCAAACUAGCACCCCUUUUCAUCUUAGUGAUCCUGCUGAGCCUGGGAUGGAGUAUGCAGUUUCUUAAGAAUGCAAUGCAAGUCACAAUUUCAAGGGUCAAGUACGUGCAUUUUGCUGGAGGAGCUGCUGAAAUUGAUACAAGAGUGGCAAUUUGUGACACAAUCAAGUACUUAACUGGAAGUGUUUGCAUUGGAUCCAUCCUUGUCCCGAUCUUCGGACUCUUCCGGGGCUUCGCGCGAUCAAUGAGUCUGAUUGGAGGGCACACAGAUGAGUUCAUGUUCUCCUGUGUUAGUUGCUACAUGGGGAUUGCAUCUGUCCUUGUGAACUUUGGGAACAGGUGGGGUUUUGUGCAUGUUGGAGUUUACAACAAGGGGUUUGUGCAGGCUUCUUCUGAUGUUUGGGAAAUGUUCAAUAGAGUUGGAUUGGAGCAACUGAUAGACUUAGAUCUCACUGGAGUGUUCUGUUUCUUUAGUGGGGUUGCUGCAGGUGCAAUUUGUAGUCUGGUGAGUGGAAUUUGGAGCCUUGCAAUGCAUAAGAGCUAUGCAAUUGAAGUAUCCAUUUAUGGUUUCCUCAUUGGCUAUUUCAUGUGUCGGUUGGCGAUUGCGUGGCCACAAGCAUGUGUUUCAGCUUACUAUGUUGCUUACGCAGAGAACCCACAGAGCACUCAAUUUGACUCCACUAUUCCAGUACGCUUGGAGCAGCUUCACAGAUCUCAAGCUUUGCAAAGAUUCUGAACCAAACACUUCAUGAGAUAGUAUGUUUGAUGAUAACAUAGUUGGAAGAACAAUUUUUCAUUGUACAUAGUGAUUUAAUUUUGAUGUAGAUAAACGCAUCAUAGGAUUGAACAUGAACAUGUUUGGUUUCACAUUGAAAUCGUUCACAAUCACUUCUUCUUUAUGAAGGCUACUUCCAGUAGCUAAUUUCAGAAGCACUUCUCCUCCUAAUACAGAAUCCUACAAGUUUCCAAACAUACACCAAAGCAAUACCAGAAUCAGUUAAAUAAAUUGGUCAUGGAGCAUAAUAAUACUAGUAUGUAUACCUAAUAAUACUAGUAUGUAUACCCGUGGAGUAUACUAGCAUAAUAAAUCUCAAGAGAGAUUGAGAAAGAAAGAAAGAAAGAAAGAAAGAAAAAAAGAAAAAAAAGUAAAGAAAAGAAUGGUGAAUGAGAUAGUUGGUAAAAGCAUGAGAGUGAUUUAUCAUUUAUGAUUGGUUUAAAGUGUGAUUGCUUUCUUAGCUUGUUGAGUUUCUUUGCAUAUCUAGAAAAACCAACUUUCUUUGAAACCCGACCUCAUUACAACCCUCAAAGACCUUAGAGAUCCUUGAUUGAACAUGCAAAUUUGACAAAUGUUAAGACAAGUAACAAAAUUGAUUUUUGUAAUUCAGUGUGUGAAUGGAGUGAAACACUUACCUUACUUUAUACAUAAUGAGAUACUGAUAUGUUGAGCGAAUACGUAUUUCUUGGUUCGAAAGGAAUGGAUUGUAUGCUUAUUGAUUUUCAUGAUGAAUAUGCAUUUGUGUUAAUUUGUGUUACUGUUGUGUUAUCUUUUGUGGUCUUCACAUUUUGAUUUUGGAUCAUUCAGUUUGAGAUUUUGAGAAAUCAUGCAAUUUAAGCUUUAUAGAAUUCAGAUUCCAUGCCUCUUGAAUGAAAGUCAAUACCUUUUGUUUGAGGACAAACAAAGUGUUAAGUUGGGGGAGGUGAUAAGUGUUCAUUUUACGUAUGUUUGAAUGUCAUUUUAAGCACUUAUUUGACUUGUAUGUUUGCAUUUUUUAUCAUUAUACUCCCCAAACGAGUUAACUUAGUACGUAUUUAGCUUUAACAUAAAUAUAGUGAAAAUAUCAUUAAUUUCAUGUUCUAACUUGGAGUUUUGAUGUAGGGAAGAAAUUCAAGGAAGAGCCAAGUUGGAAUUAAGAAAAUGAAGAUUUGAAGGCUUGAUGCUUAGCACGAGGAAAUGGUGCUUAGAUCCAUUCUGGCAAAAAGACCAUGGCGCUUAGCGCCAGAAAGUGGCGCUUAGCACCAAAGGCGGUGGAGAAAACCCAAGGGGAAAGUAACAGGGGCGCUUAGCACCAGAAAAUGGUGCUUAGCACCAUUCUGACGGAUUCAACUUUUAUUUAAGGGCCAGAACACGUUUUUGUGGGUAUCUCUCCAUUUCCUCUUCGAAUUUCUCCCAUUUUUGCAGCAAAACAGAGCUAGCGAGUUGGGCUUCAUGGAGGAGAGGUCCCUGGGUCUAGGAUUGACGAAUUGAAGCUCCCGAGCAUGGUGGCGACCGCCGAAGACCGUGACAACCUCUCAGAGGCGAUGGAAAGCUUGGGAAAGCUUCUAUCGCCGUGGAUCCUUCGCCGUUCUUCUAGGUUUCAUCUCUUCUUCCUUAUCCCUUGUAUAUGUUGUUUCUAUUUUUGUAUUUAGCUUGUUGAAACUUGAUUCUUUGAUUUGUUCUAAACUCAUUCAUUGAUGUAAAUGGAAAUAUUUCAUGUAUGGUGUUUCUUUCUAUGCUUCAUGCUUCUAACCUAUCAAUUGAUAAUCAAAAGAGCUCCACUAAUUUAUAAAUAGAUCGGAAGGUUGAUAUGAAUUAGUGCAUGCUUAGUUCAGUGAAGGUAGAACGCCUAUGUCGUAGGUCACAAUUUGUGUGUUAAAGUUUUACUUUCUUCGCUUCAAGUAUUGAUUGGUUUGUGUUAGAUUCCUAUGGACUAGCAUGAUAUCGGGAGAUAAUUGCGGGUCCGGUUCAAGAGAGAAAUCACUCAGUGAACUAGUUGUCUUAGGGUGAUAAUAUCUUGAGUAGGAGCAAUAGUGGAUUUCCACGUGACAGGUGGGGUUCUUAGUUCUAACAGGAGUUUCCGGAGUGACAACGGAGAUUUGCAAACCUAGGGUACCUUGUCUUAGGAUGAAUUGGUCAUUGGGAAUGUCUUUGAGAGAUAACUCGAGCUAUAUUAUUCCUUUUGGAUUUUCUAGAUGGUAAGGGAUUACGUCUAGGAAUUUCAACUGAUAGAUUCACCUAGGCUGGGGAUAGUUGGGUGGAUAGCUCUCGACAUCAUAAAUGAAAUGAACCAUUACAAAAGUGUUUGAGUUGAAAGCAAUUAAAGGAUUAGCUGAAAAUGCAUUCUAAAUAUCUUUUCUUCUUUGUUACCUCAGUAAACCUUCUUUUAUUGUUUUCUUUUAUAUUAAAAAACCAUAAAAACAAUUUAUCAAACAUCUUUUUAUCCGCUCAGAUCGAUAUUUAACUGGUGGAACUGAUGUUCACACAAUCCCGGAGGACGAUAAACCCGUAUCUGCUUUGCUAUGAUUGAAUCAUAAGGGUUUAGUUCCAAAGCAGUACAAACAAUGUGGAAAAAACCUUUAUCAAAUUUGGCGCCGUUGCCGGGGUUUGUGUUUGUAAUGUUGGUGAAACUAGUCGAAUGUUGAUUUGAGUUGUAUAUAGUGUAAAUAUUCCAUGUUUUGCUCUUGUGUGUCAAUAUCACUGAUUUGUUCUUGUUCUUAAUGCUUGUUGUAGCAUGAUCAAUUACAACAUGAUCUGAGGUUUAAAAUUCUUUGAAUCAGACUUAGAAUGAAUCAAUUAAUGAAUUUAAUCUCAAUUAGGUUCAUUAGUCAAGAAUUGAUGAUUUGACGCAUAAGAUGUUAUAUAUAGGUGAGUUGUGCAUCUUUGUUGGGUUGUUGUUCUUGUUUUCAAUUCCCUAAGGAUUCCUUACUUUUGGUUCUUAAAUAAUCUUUGCAAGUUUCAAUGAUGAAGUUCUUCUUUGGAGUUAUGUAAAUCAAGAUAGAACCAUGAAGUUUUGGAAACCAUGAGUUUUGGUGUGUUUGUUUUCUAUGCUUUUGUGACCUUUCUCUUUUGACUUGUAGCAUAAGUGAUUUUGUGAAGUUGUGCUUAAAGAUGAGUUUUCAUGAGUUUCACAAGUCUUAUUUAACAUAUUGAGAUUGUUCAAUGAUUUUGGAAGUAAGAAAUGUCAUGAAAUCAAAUUUCAGGGGUUUGACUUGCUGGAAUAUGCAUGUAGAAGUGAAAGGAAUUAGACUAUGUGGUUUUAAUAAUAAAAAUCUGCGUUUGAGACUUCUAGCAGAACCAAAAUAUCAUUUUUCAUGCAUAUAGAAUGGUGGAAAACAAGGAUAGUAAGUAUUGCAAAUUUUGAGGCAUGUAGUUGUGCGUUUCCAAGUGAAAAACAAGUCCCCCUAUGUGGCUUCUCUGCAUAGCUGUGAAAAGUUGCUUCCAAAUUCUCUUGUACAAACUCAUUUUUGUGUUUGAGUGUGGUUCUUCAAGUAUUAGAUUAGUUUUUAAGUUGACCUCUUUAAUAUUGUAGUGAAAAGGUACGAAAACUCCUCAGUGUGUGAAUUCUUGAUCGUGAAUUGUGAUUUUGAGUAAACAUGGUCAAUUGUGUGUCCUGAGGCUCUCCACAAGCUCUAAAUGGUAUAAAUGAAUGAUUUUGAGGCCUACCAAGAAAGAAAAGUGAGAAAUGCAAAAAAUAAGGUAUUGAGUUGUGAAUGUGCUUGGAAAUUGCAUUUGAAGUGGUCUAGUGUGUAGUAUGUUGAACCUUGGGAAAAUUGUGCUUGAAAUGCUAAUUUUAAUGUUUACACAAGUUUCAUAUGGUAUAUACAUGUGUUCGACCCAAUUGACAUGUGCUAAAAGUGAGAAAAUCAAAUUUUGGCCUAUUUAGUUGUGAUUUAGAAAGCUUAUAAAGUUUGGUAAAUUCGAUCUUUGAAACUUGUGAUUGUGAAUUGAAUUAUGAAAUAUCAAGUUCUCAACAAGUUUUAAUUGAUAAUUGAAGGAUAUUAGUGAGUGAAAGAGGUGAGCAUAUUUGAUAGAACAUGUUUUGAGCUUUAAAGUUGUGAAAUAUGCAUGAUUUGGCUGAGAAAUUAUGCAGAUCUGGUGCCUACUGUCAGAUUGGCGCUUAACGCCAAUAAAUGGUGCUUAGCGCCACCCUAAAAAAACAACAAUGCUCUCAUUUCUUAAAACGAUCAUAACUUCCUCGUUUCUUAUCUGAUUUGAGCAAAUGACCACUCUCUGUAAAGCUCUUUAAGUUUACUUUCAUAUGAACCAGAGUUUAGAUUGUUUCAGUGAAACUUAUGAUUUUGCUCAUUCCAUUUUGUCUCCUAACAUAAAUUGUAAGUGAUUGUCAGCAGUAAUCUUUUGUUACUGGUGUUGCUUGGCCUGAGGACAGUCCAAAUUUUUCGAAGGGGAUCAUUUUUGAAGAAUACAGGAUUGAGCUCGACAUAUCAUCAUGAGGGAGUUCUUUUUCUUUCUUUCUUUUCAUUUGUUUUUAGUUUCUUUAGUAUAGUAGUUUGUGAGUAAUUAACACUUUAUGAUGAAUUUCAUGGAGAAUAUAACUGAUUUCAUUGGGCAUGGUUGAUGAAGCAUUAAUAUAAUUACAUGAUAUGUUUUUAAAUGAGAUUUGAGCUGUUUGAGUCCAUGAUUUAACUGGUGUCAGCGCUCAAAGAUUGCAUAACAUGAUAUGAUUGUAUGAUUCACAUCGAAUUGAUAUGCAUAACAUGAAAUUUUUGAAAAUCAGGGAAUGCUUUGAACCUAAGCCAUGUGAGGGAGUGUGCCUAUACAAUUGUGAGCUGAGAGAAUCAUCACUGUUUUGCAUGAUUGGUUUUGUUUGAGUCUCCGAUCGUCAUUUUUGUAUGUAAUUUCUUGAAAGUGAUCAAGGCAUGUUCUUUCUUUAGUGCUUACAUUGCCACUUAGCCAAAUGACCAUACCCUUUUAUUACGAAAUCAAUUGUUCAACCCCAUUGAGCUUGAAAAGGAAAGAAUUUAGGAUUUAUUUCUUGUUUAUAACCUUGAGCCUAAAAGGAAAACAAUGAUCUCACCUAAGCUGAAUAGGCUAAGAGAGCAUUUGCAAGAUAUGGUUAUAUUCAAGUUGGGGGGAGCUAUUGUUGUGUUCAAGUUGGGGGGAAAGGCAUGUUGGUAAAAAAAAGUUGAAUUCUCAAUCUCUUGUGUAUAUGUAUAUAGUGUGAAUAGCUGUAAAAAAUGUUGUCUCUUCUUAAAAAAAAGAACAAAAAAAAAGGAAGAGAGAUUGAGAAAGAAAGAAAGAAAGGGAAAAAAAAAAGUAAAGAAAAGAAUGGUGAAUGAGAUAGUUGGUAAAAGCAUGAGAGUGAUUUAUCAUUUAUGAUUGGUUUAAAGUGUGAUUGCUUUCUUAGCUUGUUGAGUUUCUUUGCAUAUCUAGAAAAACCAACUUUCUUUGAAACCCGACCUCAUUACAACCCUCAAAGACCUUAGAGAUCCUUGAUUGAACAUGCAAAUUUGACAAAUGUUAAGACAAGUAACAAAAUUGAUUUUUGUAAUUCAGUGUGUGAAUGGAGUGAAACACUUACCUUACUUUAUACAUAAUGAGAUACUGAUAUGUUGAGCGAAUACGUAUUUCUUGGUUCGAAAGGAAUGGAUUGUAUGCUUAUUGAUUUUCAUGAUGAAUAUGCAUUUGUGUUAAUUUGUGUUACUGUUGUGUUAUCUUUUGUGGUCUUCACAUUUUGAUUUUGGAUCAUUCAGUUUGAGAUUUUGAGAAAUCAUGCAAUUUAAGCUUUAUAGAAUUCAGAUUCCAUGCCUCUUGAAUGAAAGUCAAUACCUUUUGUUUGAGGACAAACAAAGUGUUAAGUUGGGGGAGGUGAUAAGUGUUCAUUUUACGUAUGUUUGAAUGUCAUUUUAAGCACUUAUUUGACUUGUAUGUUUGCAUUUUUUAUCAUUAUACUCCCCAAACGAGUUAACUUAGUACGUAUUUAGCUUUAACAUAAAUAUAGUGAAAAUAUCAUUAAUUUCAUGUUCUAACUUGGAGUUUUGAUGUAGGGAAGAAAUUCAAGGAAGAGCCAAGUUGGAAUUAAGAAAAUGAAGAUUUGAAGGCUUGAUGCUUAGCACGAGGAAAUGGUGCUUAGAUCCAUUCUGGCAAAAAGACCAUGGCGCUUAGCGCCAGAAAGUGGCGCUUAGCACCAAAGGCGGUGGAGAAAACCCAAGGGGAAAGUAACAGGGGCGCUUAGCACCAGAAAAUGGCGCUUAGCACCAUUCUGAUGGAUUCAACUUUUAUUUAAGGGCCAGAACACGUUUUUGUGGGUAUCUCUCCAUUUCCUCUUCGAAUUUCUCCCAUUUUUGCAGCAAAACAGAGCUAGGGAGUUGGGCUUCAUGGAGGAGAGGUCCCUGGGUCUAGGAUUGACGAAUUGAAGCUCCGGAGCAUGGUGGCGACCGCCGAAGACCGUGACAACCUCUCGGAGGCGAUGGAAAGCUUGGGAAAGCUUCUAUCGCCGUGGAUCCUUCGCCGUUCUUCUGGGUUUCAUCUCUUCUUCCUUAUCCCUUGUAUAUGUUGUUUCUAUUUUUGUAUUUAGCUUGUUGAAACUUGAUUCUUUGAUUUGUUCUAAACUCAUUCAUUGAUGUAAAUGGAAAUAUUUCAUGUAUGGUGUUUCUUUC